AUGGAGGUCAAAAUACGUGGUGAUUCCUGGCAGCCAGGAAUUCCAUCUGUUCUGGCCAGCAGUUGGAGAGCACAGUCAGAUGAACUGGAAAAAAUUGAAAAGCAUGGUCGGUCCUCCAAAGACAAGGAGAAUGCCAAGUCUCUGGACAAACCUGAGCAGUUCCUUUAUGAACUGUCACUAAUCCCCAACUUUUCAGAGCGAGUCUUUUGCAUCCUGUUUCAGUCCACAUUUUCAGAAAGCAUUUGCUCAAUUCGGCGCAAACUGGAGCUGCUACAGAAGUUGUGUGAGACAUUAAAACAUGGCUCAGGGGUUAUGCAGGUUUUGGGUUUGGUUCUUGCCUUUGGCAACUACAUGAAUGGUGGAAAUAAUACUCGGGGACAGGCAGACGGUUUUGGAUUAGAUAUUCUCCCGAAGCUGAAAGAUGUUAAAAGCAGUGACAAUAGCAGAAGCCUGUUGUCAUAUAUCGUGUCAUAUUAUCUUCGCAAUUUUGAUGAGGACGCUGGGAAAGAACAAUGUGUGUUUCCACUGCCUGAACCCCAGGACCUCUUUCAGGCCUCGCAGAUGAAGUUUGAAGAUUUUCAAAAAGACCUCAGAAAACUCAAGAAAGACCUGAGAGCCUGUGAAGUUGAAGCGGGGAAAGUUUACCAAGUGUCCUCAAAAGAGCACAUCCAGCCUUUCAAAGAAAACAUGGAACAAUUUAUUAUUCAAGGUAAAUUCUGA